AUGCAAACGUCAAAAUCCUCUCAGGCACGUGCAAAAUACGAGGCGGAUGGGUUCUACCUUUUCUCGGAGCCGAUCAUUGAUAAAGCGGUAAUUCAACGUGCCAUCGAAGGCAUGGAUGCGGUCCGAGCGGGAGAAUACGAGACGGGCACCCCUCCGCGUUCGUCGGCUUGGAGCCCCGGAGAUGACCCAAAGAAGUUAUGCAAGAUAGAGAUGUCUCAGAUUGCGAACCGUGCGAUCAUGGAGUUGGUCAGUCAGUCAUCGAUCGGAAAACUGGCAGCUGAGAUUACAGGUGCUGAGAUGGUGCAGGUGUGGUGGGUACAACUCCUCUACAAGCCCCCCGUGGAUCCAGACGGAAUUGUGCCCACGAAUAUUGGCUGGCAUCAAGACCGCCACUACUGGCAAGCGUGGGAGGCAGGCAGCGAACUCCUCACAGCGUGGGUUGCACUCAGUGAUGUUACCCCGGCAGCCGGUCCCAUGAAAUUUGUUCGCGGUUCGCACAAAUGGGGAUUGCUCGACCACAGUGAUUUCUAUGGACAAGACCACGAAGCGCAGCGCGAAGAAAUCGAGGUGCCAGAUGGUGAAGGCUGGGAAGAGGUCCCCGCCAUUCUUCGUCCCGGUGGCAUUAGUUUCCAUGAUAACCUCGCCUAUCAUGGCAGCGGGCCCAAUCUCUCAGGGAAACCACGGCGGAGUUUUGCAGUCCAUUUACGCACGGAAAAGUCCAAACCGGUUGACAAUCUCAGACAAGGGUUAACGGCAUUCAUCGAUACACCCACACACUGUCCGGUGAUCUAUCGGAAAACAUAA